CAGAGACGUCAGAGUAUUUACCCGGAAAUAAGCGCCUGAUCAAGUAACUGCGGUCAAAGUAUAUCUAUUUUUUACCCAAUUUUAAGCGUUUUAUAUAAGUAAAAUGAAAAAUAGCGGUUCUAUCUGAUUGUUAAGUAACAAAUCAGAAUGUACAACGGACUCCUGCCGAAAGGUUUGACUGAAGAAGACCUGAGUUCAGAUGACGAGCAGGAUGACACGAAGGAUAAUGUCGAGGAGAAGAAGGAGGAGGAGGAAGAGGAGGAGGAGGAGGAGGAGGGCGACAGCUCUGCUAAAAAGUUGGGCUCUGCCGGGGAAAACAAAGACUCAGGGGCUGCUGCUGAUUUAGACAGUAUGCCUGGUAUAUCCCAGGAAAUGUGGCAAAAAUUUCAGCAUCUACAGAAGAAAAAUGCUGAAAUGAAGGCAAUGCCACUCAUCAGAAGACGAAAAAGAAGACGACCCAAAAAAGCAGGAACAAAGAGUGAGGAACCUACAGACACAAGCAGUAAGCUUCAGGAAGAGCGGGAGAAGCACUGGGAUGAGCUUAAGCAGUAUUUUGGUGUAAAUGAUCGAUUUCAUCCACCCCCAUGUUCUGAACCCCCUCCAAAGUCCGGCCUAGAAAAGAGCACAGAGAGGGCCAUAGCUGAAGGGGACACUGCAAAGGCGGAGGAGAUGAGCGACAGACUCGCCACUCGAGAGUUGGCUGUGAAGAUUGCUCAAGCUGCUGAUUGCCGAGACUUUGUGCGGCGCAAACAGGAAGAGGAAGCAUUGAGGGCAGCGCAGAAAAGGAAGAAUGAAAUCGCCUGGGGGUUUGAGGCAAAGAAACGUUGGGAAACCAAAAGCAACAUGGGCUUCAUGUGAAUAACUGUGAGAAGAAGGACUGUGUUUUUGUGUGUAUGCGGGGGGUUGUGUGGAAGUGUGUUAAGUUAAUUUGCUGAAAACAGUGUUUUUUAUUUUUAUUCUCUUUGUAUAUUAAAAAAUAAAUACAACAACAAAGUGUGAGUGUGAAAAGGUCAUACAGAUGGCUGUGGGAAAAAAAACAAUCCAAAGAGUACAGAGAGGGCAUUCAAAUAAUUCCUAUGGUGUCCAUUGGUGUCUGUAUUGUGUCAUUUUUCAUUACAUUUCACUGAUUUGAGCAUUCUGGCCCUUUUUUCCCCCCAUCAAAUUAAAUCUGGUGAACAUUACUGGAUGAUUUGUUUAUUUAUUGCUGUAAAGUGGGUUAAUCAUGAAGGCGUUCUUUUCUUCUUCCAAGGAAGAGAAAGGAAAGAUUAGGGCCCUAAUGCAAUGUACAGGAUAAUGUGUGAUAGGAUUUGGGAGUAGAAAAUGAAAUGUGGCUGUUGUAAACAGCUGUGAGCAGUUGUAAACUGGAAGUUGAGUAAAUGAUUUUGGGGAGGGGGUAAGACAUGAAAUGGAAGCUUUGCUGUUGGCCCUCACCCAUGCUGGGAGACAUGCUAUUGUAUCUCAGCCCGAACAAGAGGCACGCGCUGUUUCUCAAGGCCUACAAUUGGCGCUCUUUGUGUGAUGAGCUCUCAUCUAUAUCUGUAAACUUGUCUUAAACCGUCCAAUCCUCUCGCUCUUACUUUGAUCUUUUUGGAUCUGCAGCACAUUGCCUCUGCAACGAGUCAAGCCUCGGAAAUGCAUGUUGCAGAAAGUGUUAAUUGCAAACAGCAUGCAAAAAAAAAGACUGAUAAUGACUUUUAUUCAUAAUGCUUGCUUAUACAUUUUUAUCAACCAUACAAAUGAUUGCUUUGCUUCAAGGUAAUGAGAAAUAAAAUUAAUCCACCUAG